CCGUUUCCACCCUCGCCCGCUGCCAGUACGUCUCCCGUUCCUGGCGCUCCAGCAUCCGCUCACCCACCUUCCUCUCCUCCCUCCGCCGCCACCCCGACGACCUCUACCUCCUCCCAUUCGCCGACCACGACUCCCCCGCGGCCUACCAGCCCUCCCGCGACCGCUGGUUCAGAGUCGGUCUCCCCCCUCCUUCUUCUUCCCCCUCGCCUCCGACGGCGGCCUCCUCGUGGCCUUGGACGACCACAGACGCCUCGCCGUCUACAACCUCUUCUCCGGCGCCACCCUCGUCCUCCUUCCCGCAAUGGAGAGCGUCGACUAUCCCUACGUCCUCGCUCUUAUCGAUGAAUUCCCCUCGGCCCAUUACAAGAUCGUCGCCGUCAGCUCCAGCGAUCCCAUCUACUCCCAGGUCUUCGACUCCCGUUCCGGCCGGUGGGAGCUCAAGGGCCAGUUUCCUGGCAAAUUUUCCUAUCUCGGCAACGCCGUGUUCUUGGACGGCCUACUGUUCGUCCUCAGCCAUGAGCCCGAUCAUCUAUUGACCUUCGAUCCGAUCGGCGGCGAUUGGAACCUCGUAGACGUGGCGAUGCCGCGGGUUGUUUGUUCUCAUAUCUUGGAUUAUGAAGACAGAUUGUUCUUGGUUGGGGGCGUGGAGGUGUUGGAAUGCAUUGCUGGGGUUGGGAUUUGGGAGCUUGAUUUGCCAAAGAAAGAAUGGAGGUCGAUCUGCUUCAUGCCUGAUGAAUUUUUCAGAGUAUUUCGACAUGGUAGGCUCACUCAGUUUCGUUUCUCAACGGUAGCACGGAGGGGGAUUGUUUGUUUCUUCAACAAUCUGUAUACUACUGUGUUGAUGUUUGAUUUGCCUGCGAGGAGGUGGUGGUGGCCGCUGAUGCUGCCGCAUGCUUGGGGGAGAAGGUUUUGGUUUGGGCAUGCGAUAGAGCCUCGUAUCGAUCCGUUGAAAGGGUCCGAUGGAAGGCGUACAGAAGAUAAGGUUUAAGCAUUGAGACCUAUAUGAAGGGUUGAGCUGAAGUUCUUGUAGACAAGGUUCAUGCUGGAAUAUGCAUCACCAUUGACAUCAGAUUGUAAAAAUAGAUUUUGUUGUUUAGACAUUAUAUUGAUCAUUUUAUUGAGCCUCACUUGGUUUAUCUUGGUUUUGUACAAUAACUUUCAACUAUGUUGUUAGUUUAUUUACUCUCAUAUGUAUUCAAUAACAUGCCAUGCAUUUUUUUUUUUUAUGGAGUUCUUUUUUGAGGAUUUGAUCUGAUCCGCUAAAGCUACAAUUUUUCGGGUUCUUAGAGUCUUUUUCUUGAUGUUUGGAUGGAUGAGAUCUGGGUAUGGAAUAGAUUUAGACUUAGUUGCUGCAAAGGGAAGAGGGAACGGAAGAAUUUGAGUCUUUUUGUGGUUAAAUAUAACUAGGGAAGUCAAUUUGAUUGGAAAAGUAAAUUCAGAAUGAAGAAAUACGGAGGAAAACAUUUUCUAGGGAUCUGUUACUUGGAUCCUCAACAGAUUUUGGAUCUUAACUUCUGUGGAGAGGGUCAUGAACUUUAUAAUUUGUCAAGUCAAAUUACAUCUAUUGGGGUAAUCUGGGCUCUAAUUUUCUUUCAUGUUAACCU